ACCUGGGCAGGCUCUCGCGAGAGACCUGUCUGCCCUUGCUUGUCCACUGCUGGCGGAAUGGAGUGCUCAACCGCGUCGCCGAUUCCAGUUGGCAGGUCCCGCUCGCUGAGCCUGCUCAAUGGCGUGCCCAAUCGUUUCUACGACUUCUCCCGCAUGGACCAGAUCACCUUUGUUCAACUCGCCGACUGGUGCAUGGAGCACAAGACGCCGGUGACAGCGGCGGAGGAUAUCAGUAUCGAGGAGUGUCUGUUUAUUUUCCUGGACAUUGCUGGCCAAGGAACGAGCUUCAAGGAAGCAGCGCAGUCCUGGGGUCACCCCGAGGACAUCAUCAAGAAAAUCUUCCUCGGCGUGGUCGAAUGGCUACGCGCUCUGAAAGAGGACGACGAAGCCACAACCUCCUCCUGGACACAAUCCACACAAUCCACCACCAACAAGAACAAAUGGCGUGUGCUAAAGACGUGGCGCCCAUCGCGUCGUGCGGAGGGAUUCGCACGAGUCGGGGAGGACGGCGGCGACGGCAUUGAAGUGAACAAGGACGAGGUCAUUGAAGCGUUGACGGCACUGAACAACUUCAUCCACGAUCAUAAGGAGUAA